GCACAGCACAAUAUUGGAGUCUGACUCCACAAUGAUAGGAAACUAAACUUUACAAGCCACACUUUCUGCUUGUAGAACUUGACCAAUUCCUACCAAAUCUCCAUAGUUGUCUCCAACAAACCCACCUGUUGCAAUGCGGCCUUCGUCACGCGAAAACCACUCCUAUCUUGUCAUACGCUGCGUGAGACAAAGACAACCGGUGUAUUAAAUCGUUUUUACCAAGUUUUUCUCCGUCAUCGCCCUUUCUACAACAGAACUAAUGUUGCAUUCAAUUCCGUACAUAUUCAAAAGCUUUCUUAGGGUUUGGAGUAUAAGUAGCAACCAAGCAUAAACCAGUUUUCUUUUUGUGAAGAGAUCGAUGAACGUGAGGCACGUGAAGGUGGAGUACCAGCUUACGGAAAGCCCUAAUGUCCUUCCCUCAGAUAUCAUAGUCAACAUUCUCUCAAGGCUAGCGGUGAAGUCCUUAUGCCGGUUUAAGUGCGUGUCAAAGCCGUGGCGUUCUCUUAUCUCCGACCAUGAUUUUGUUAAAGUACACUUCAACAAAGCCUUUGAGUAUAAAGAUGUGAUGCAUCAAAGACGAAGGCUCGUAUUUACUGGUGUUGAAAAUCGAUCCCUCUACUUUUCGUACCUUGACGAGUUUAUCAAUCGGGAUGUAUAUCUUAACAAUCGCGUCAAAAACGUUGGUGAUAAUGGUUUAGUGACGGCUACUGAGCUCGCCUUUGUUUACAGCAUAGAGCGAGAUAUUUUGGUUUCGUUAAUUUGUUACUGCAAUGGCUUGUUGUUGUGCCAGUUACAUGAAAGCAAGGAGUUACAUUUGGUUAACCCCGCAACCAGGGAACUCAAGAUACUACCAAGGACACCAAAACCAUAUCGCUAUUCGAGCCUCUGUGGGUUCGGAUAUGAUCACUCCACUGAUGAACACAAGGUGGUCUGCGGGCGGAUCAACAUUAAUCACGGAAUCGAGUUUUGUGUCUAUACAUUAGAAACCAAUUCGUGGCGGGUGAUUCGCGACAACUUCAAUUGUUUUGAAUGUACUAAAGUACGCGGGAUCCAUCUGAAUGGCGAACUUCAUUGGUUGAUGAAUAAAGGCGAAUAUGAAGCUGAGUCUUCCGUCAUUGUAUCUCUCGUUUUAGCAAAGGAGGAAGUUCGGGAAAUUCAACUGUCUCCGGAAUAUUCCAUCGAGAAUAGCCCUCCAAUCGAGCUAGGGCUAUUCAGAGAAUGGUUGUGCAUUUCACAUAAUGUCGACGCCAAUCAUGAUCAAACGUACAAUGAAUUUUGGGUGAUGAAGGAACAUGGAGUUAAGGAGUCUUGGACCAAAAUGAGAGUCUCCACCCCCUAUCACAAAUUGUCUCAUUCUGGCUUUUGGACCAAAACUCAUGAUUUGAUGGUAAUUGGCGAAAGGUUACUAAUGUACAAUUUUGAUGACGAUGAAAACUUCUGGGAUCUACCAAUUCGUGGAGUUGACAAAGUUGGUAGCAUUUUGAUCUACUUGGAUAGCCUGGUUUCUCUUUCUAGAAAUCAAUCGAAAAGGAGUUCGAAGAAGACUUCGGUCAAGAGCAAGCUCUGCCAGGUGGAGACGUUUCCGACAAGACUCGCAGGUCAAGAGCAAGCUCUGCCAGGUUUUUCUGGUGGUGCAGAGGGCGCAGGGCGAUCCAUUUUCGAGAGACUAGUUGCAGGCGGAGGCACCCAGCAGGACUCGGAGGCGUUGGGUGGGGGGAGGAAGUUGCCGGUGCGGCGGAGGUACUCGAGGUCGACGAGGUGA